AUGGCGCGACCGAGUGUAGCACCCCGCAGCUUGACGCUGACUGAGGAGCUCGAGAAGCUGGAGCAGUCGAUCACGCUGACACUGCAAGAAAUCGACCACAACUUCAGUAAAGCUCACCGCAUCGUUACCACCAGCAUUCUCCCGCUCGUCGAGCAGUAUGGCGAUCAUUCGCGGGCCGUCUGGGAUGCCUCCAAGUUUUGGAAGCAAUUUUUCGAAGCCUCCGCCAACGUCUCGCUUUCAGGCUACGAAGCACUCGACAACGACGCCGAGACGACCAAGAAUGACGAGAGCACUGCGAUACGCGACGAUACUGCCAUGACGCAGACGCCCCGACGUGGCGAGGAUGUCAACACGACCAACGUGUCGGACCACGCGCCGAUGGACGUGGAAGGCGAGGAGUCCUUGCUGGAUGACGGUGAAUUGUCGGGUAGCACCCCUCGAGUACCAGCCACCAAGACCAUGCGGACACCACUGGCCGAUCUCGACUCGCCGUACGAGACAAUGAAGAGGCAGGUGCCCAAGACCGAGGAUACGACGGUUCUGCAAGAGGACGAGGAAGACUCCACCGUGCUCUUUGCCCAGCGUACGGCGAGGUUGCCGGACAUGUCCAUGACGCCCCGGCAGGUCCUCGAGCGGAAGGAAAGCGAACAGUCGGUCCAGAAGAGCAAAGAUCCUCUACUUCACCGCGUACUGGACAAGAACUACCGCGUGCAAGCUACACCGCACAAGCCUACACUGCGAAUAUCGCCCAUCAAAGGCAAGGGCAAAGGCAAGGGCAAAGAGCCAGCCGUUCCAUCGUGGAAGGAUGACUCGCCCAUGUCCUCGCCAGAGAUUGCUGCGCCUCAACUCCGAAGCGAAGCCUUUAUGUCGCCAUACAAGAAGGGUGCGACCGCGGCGCCGCAGCGCGGCCCUCGCACACCCGGGGUCAGUGUGCAGACACCCGAAACGGGUCGCAAGGCCAGAAGCGCCUUUGACGAGGGUGAAGGGGGGGUCAGCAAGGUGCCGUUGGAUUGGGAUGUUGGCGAGGAAAUAGAUUACGAAGAUGACGAGGAUGCUGAUUUGUACGCGGGGAUGAGUCCGCCCAAAACGAUCCAGUUCGCUCUGCCUCCGUCGAAGUUGCUGCAGACGCCGGCUCGCGAGGCAAGCAGGAGAAUCGUGGACGACAUCCUGAUUGAUGCGGGCGCCGAUCCCGAGUCCAGCGAGUACAGUCCUACAAUGGUCAAGAUGAACGAGGAUAUACUCAACGACAGCUUCUGA